AUGUUAUUCACUAAGCACCAUCAUUUAUUGUUAUUAUUAUAUAUAUUUUUCUUAUUUCUUAUAACUUUAACAAAUACUUGUAAUAUAUGGAAAGCAUCCGAUUGUCCCCAACCACCAACAGCUGAUGAUGAAGAAAUUUUUAAAUAUGAUUUAUAUACACGUGAACAACUCUUUAAAUUUUGUGAUCAAGGAAAAAGAUAUGUUGAAUGUGUUAAUAAACGCCUACAAUGUUGUGAUUUAAAAAGUGAACAUGCAGGUGCUUUAGCGGCGUUUGAAGUCGGUCUACAACAAGCUGGUUGGCGAUUGGGUAGAUAUUGUGCUGGUCUUGGUGGUAGUACAAUAAUUCAAUAUAAAUGCAAAACAACAACAUUACCACCAGCAAAAACAACUACAACAACAAGUUCAACAACUUCAACAAUACCGCCUUGUGAAGCUGGAAAAGAAUGUAAUGAGAUAUUGGAUGAUCGUUUAAAAUUUGAAACUACAUGGAGUGUACAAGAAAAAAUUCAAUGGUGUAAAGCAGUAACAGAUUAUAUUCAAUGUGCUGGUAAACAUAUAACAAAUUGUUCAAUUAUUGAAGUUCGUGAUGAUGUUGAACAACUUUCAAAUUUUAUGGAAUAUAUUAUGAAACAAGCAAAUUUAAAUUGUCAUGGUGGUUUCUAUGGAUGUGAUCAUGCUGUUACUGAUGUACGUUGUCUACAAACUGCACGAAAAUUUUAUAGUGGUGAAGCAUUUGAUUCAGCAGCAAAAAAUUUAAUUAUUAAAUCGUACUUAUUUUUCACUAUUGCCUUAAUAUGGUGGUGGAAUCGAUAG